GGGCAGGAAAGUUUAUUUGUCGCGCUCUGUUGUUAGGGUGCAAAGAAUUCUUCGUUUGUUUAUGAACUUUGUGAACGUGUUCUAUGCUUUACUGUGAUUGGUAGACAUUCCGAUACAAACAUUUAUUGGUUAGUGCAGAGUGCUAUCAUGUGUGUGGAAUAUUUUGGUGGUGAUUCGAAGGUUGUAGUAGUUUGAAAGAAAGUUUCCAAAUGAAUUAAUUUUGAAACUAUGAGCGAGCAGAAACAAUGUCGAAAGUAGACGAAAGUAUUGGAUUUUAUCGUAAAAUGUCGGAAUUGCAGGAAAGACUGAGAAGAAGUGAAGAAGAACGAUUACAACUAGAAGAGAAAUUUUCACUUUUAAUGAGCUCUUGUCGUGAUGAGGAAGAAGCAAGGCUGAAUAACUUGAGAGAAAGAUACGAAGCAUUUCUUGAAGAAGAGAAACAAAGACGGGAAAGAAAUGACAGGAUAUUACAGGCUCUUGACAGAAUAGAGAGCCGAACCGCCAUACUGACAGCUAAAAGUGAAAGAUUAAAGAUUCUUAGAAGACAUUAUGAAGCAUACUUGUUGAAAAUGUAUCCAGAUUGGAGGUAUGUAAAUAAUAAAUUCACAGGUGACCAGCCUACCACAAGAAAAUCUGAUCCACUGCUUAAGAAGUUGAACUUACAACUUGAUAGGAAUAAUCCUUACAGAGAACAGGGGAGUUCAUUGUUCCUGUUUCCAGAAGAUUACAAUAGAAGUACAGCUCCACCACACCAUCAGGACUACUCUACUGUUGGAGUAAUUCCGACCAGCUACCAACCUGUGUCAGCCCAUAGGACAUCAGUUGAUACAGCACCAACAACUAAACUUAUAGAUGGACCCAGUCCAGCGUGUCAUGUGGUUAAUGUCAUAGAUACAGAAAAACUACCCAGAAUUGUUACAGUUGGAGAGCAUUCAGCAUCCCAAAAAGCACCACCUAUAUACACACAUGAGACUUUCAUUUAUGGUCAGAAUAGUGCAACUGAUGAAGUCAAAUCUAAUAAAAUAGAUCAGCUUGAUGAUUAUUUAGGAAGAGCUGCAGAAAUGUUACAGUUAAGCAGAGGAGAGGAUAAUCUGAGGGAUAUGAAGGGGCGUCUUAGUGAAAUAAAUCCCAAUAGCUUGAAGGAUAAUAAAAAUUUAGGUGAUUCUGUGGAUUUUGAAUUGGAGCAGAACACAAGUGGUGACUUGCUGAAUGUCUCAUUGUCAGACGAUGGAGUUCUCCAAGAAGAAGCUAGCAGAACACUGGUAGGUCAGAAGGAUGAUGAAGACAAAGACAUUAGUCAGACAGAGCAAGUGAAUAUAAAUGCUUAAAAUAACAAAGACAAACUAACAAAUAAGAAUGCUCAGCAUAGUGAAAAUGUAAAUAAUGAGGGUAUCCUGUCGAAUAAGGAGGUCCAGGACUUGCAUCAAGAAUCAAAACCUCAUCUAGAGCAAAGGAAUCAGGAAACUGUUGAAGGUGGAUCAGGUGAUGCACAAAGUUUUACAUCUGCAUUGGAUAGAAAAGGUGAGUUUGAUGAGCAGCAACAAUUACACCAGAAGAAUUCCACACAAAGAGAAGCAGGUGAUCCAGUUAUUCCAGAUAAAAGUUUAUACCCUGGUGAAGCACUUUCUGAGACUGAAGGACAAAGUGGACUGUCUCAGAUGGAGCAGCGACACUCUGUUUUAAAUGAUAACCAAGAUAAAACGCUGAAUAUAGAGAGAAGACUUGAAGACAAUGAAAGAAAUGUGCCAGAUUCUGCAGGAAAUGCUAGUGAAACUCCUGUAAAUGAGAGCCUAUACAGAGCUGACGAGGGCCAUCCCACUCAACAGUAUGAAGCAGAACAGCCAGGGGACAUUGAGUUUACAGAGCAAAAACAGUGGGAAGAAAACGAUCAGUAUUACCAACAGUAUACAGAACAACAAGUGGAUGAUCAGUAUUAUCAGUAUGGAGAAGGUGAAAUGUAUCAGCAGAAUGAAUAUGGUCAGAAAUAUGAUGAACGAUAUGUGAAUCAAGAAGGGGAGCAGUAUUACCAACAGUAUGCAGGGCAAGUGGAAGGACAGUAUGGGGAACAAUACAGUCAAGAGUAUGAGGAUCAGGAGGGGCAACAGUAUAGUCAGCAGGACGGACAAUAUGAUGAGCAGUAUGUGGAACAGUAUACAGAUCAGUAUGAACAACAUUAUGAAGAUCAUCAGCAACAAGGGGAAGAGAGUAGUCAGCUACUGUCAGAGGGGCAACGGGUUAGGGAAGGCAGACAAGGCUUACAGUGUGAAGAAGCAAAUGAAGGGGUGAGUAACAAAGAAGAUGCUGAGAAACAACAUGAACAGCUAUCUGAAGAAUUGGUUCAAGGACAACAAUAUGAAGUUCAGGAAGAAAGUGCAGGUGACUCUCCUGACAGACGUUCAUUCAAGGACGGGAAAUACCAGGAACAAAUGCAAGUGUGUGGCGCAAUACAAGGAGAUGUAGGAGAGGAAAAUACAGAGGGUGGAACUUUAGGCGCUAAAGAAGAAAAAACACCGAGUAAAAUGGUAGAAGACAAGGCAUAUGAUGGCAACACAUUGCCAAAACAGUCCGAUAUUUCAAGUGAUCUCACAGAGGCAUCAUCUUUAGGAGAUGUGAAGCAAUAUCAUCAGCUGUUAGGUGAAACAGAUCCUGAACAGAGUGACAUGGAUGAACUUGAACUCCAGCUGGCUGCAUUGGUAGGAUCACAAGUUGGUGAAGAAUGUGGAAAGGAGGGACAGCAGUCUGUGCCAUCAGGAGUGAAGAUGACAAAACAAGCAGCAUCUGCACUUGAGAAUGAACAUGAAAGCACUUCGAGUACUGAGAGUGGUAAAAAUAUGGAGAAAUUGGCUAAUAGGAAAGAUAUCAAAAUAUCUGAAGGCACUGGACAUGAGGGAACUGUGUAUGGCAAUCCAGAAGCAGAGUCAAAAAUUCCACAAACUUCAUCCGAACCUGAAAAUUACCCAAAGGAACCAGAUACAAUAAAGAUAAUACAGCCGUCUGUACCCAGGUCAGGUUCCAGGAAACUUCCGGGGUUGACAAAGAUGCUGGAGUCAGAUACAGAAUCACUCCAGCUGGAUGCAACUAUAUCACAUGAAGAUAGUGACGACUUUGACUUCAGCAGUGACAAAUAGGAGCAAUGUCUGAUUUCUGUAUGGAGAGUGUGCCUACCAAAGCAAAGGGACAUUGAAGGUACAUAUUCAUACUUUGAACUUCCCAUAAUAGUAGUUCUGGACCUUAGUAUUAAAUUGUUUGGAAGGGGUUAGUUCAUGUUUGUCGCAUGAAAAUAUUUGUAUCAAGUUGUGAUGCUUUUUGUGUUUACCAGUAAGGCAUUUCAAAAUGUUUAGUAUAGCAUUAAAAAUUAUGGCAUUUCUCCAUAUUACAGGAGGGAUAAGUUCUUGUAAAUGUAUCUGUGUUGUGAAAUUCCAUAAUGUAAACCUUAUUUUUCCAUUUACUCCCAUGUUAUGAGUAGAGACGGGCUCCUUCACUAGUUUCUUUUCAGUAAACAGCUGUAAUAAGACACACUUUCACAGUUCCUUUCUGUGCUCUUUCAGGUAUAUUACUUAUUGACCUCUUUAAUACUGCAUAAUCUAAAUUAAGAUGGGAAUAGGGAUCAUGCUACUGUCCUGCAGCAAUGAUGAAUGUGUUUAGGUGAGCUGACUAGUUUCAUACCCUUCUACAUCACUGACACGUGCAUAUGAGAUCUGAAAUUUUUAACAAAUAAUCCUUUCUUAAAAAUAGAAUAUUAGCUCAUUUUAUUGUUUUCCAUUUUAAAAAUCUGUAGCAUUUCUCCCAAAAUUAUGUAAGGGUGGGUUCAUGGUCUGCAUUGUGAAUUUUAUGGUAAUGUUUUAUAAUUUCCACAAGAAAAAAGUUCCAUAGGGGCAUGUGGUAGCAUAGUUGAUUGAGGCACUAUGCUACAAGGUGGAGGGUUGUGGGUUUGGU